GUCCGUGGGCCCGAGGGCCCCCAGGCAUCGAAUUUAGGUCCCUGAUGGGCGACUUGGGCUCCUUAGGCUCCUUGGGCUCCUUGGGCCAACUCAAGUCCGCCGACGCCCCCCCUGGCCCCAUGUUUUCUCAGUGGUCAACCACUCAUCACUCACACCCUUCUAACAAAUCAUUCCUCUGUGAGUGAGUGCCAUCUGUCUUCAAAAGUUGUCCAACCUCAAUUUCAUGCUCGAGUUCGUUUAUUUUUUUUCUACAUCAUUCCCAGCCUGUGGCCUGAUCGCUCCUUCAUUCCUUCUCAACAUACUCUAAUACCUUCUUUGUGCCUUCUUUCACACCAUUCCCGUGUACUUACAUCACUUCGCUCACCGAUUCCGGACAAGUCCCCAUCCUCGACUGCAACUGCUUCGCUGCAAACAGUCUCCUCUGUGUACUCUCUCCAUCACGUCUUCGCCAAAGAGACAGCAAUUCAUUUCCUUGGAACCAGGCAUGCCAGUGGUCUCAUAGAUCAGCCUCCUCAUCCUCCCCCCUCCCCAGAGCCACGAACAUGCGCCUGCCAUGGCUCUCAGUCCCUCUAUUGUCCCUCCAUGCCCAUGCCUCCCUCCGCAACCACGACCGCAACGACUAUUUUGCUCUUCAUCUUCGCUCAGAUGUCGAUCCUUUGCACAUAGCCCAGCGACUAGGCGUUCAGUACGAAGGCCAGGUUGGUGAGCUGCCUCAACACUACACCUUCUCCUGUCCCAAGAAUACAUGCUCGGAGUUGGAACGCUCACUCAAUGAGGCCGAAAUGCGCAAGAAGCGCAGACGUCGUUCCCUGGGUGAAGAAUACAAUAGUUUGGAGAAAAGACAGGCUACUCUCGACUUUGAUGGGAUCCUGUGGUCAGAAAAACAACAGCUAAGACAUCGCCAUGUCAAGAGGCUGCCUCCGCCCAUCCCUUGGGUUCCUCGAGCCCCUCAGAGCGUCGAUUCCGCCAAUGCAGAUGAUCUCGACCAGGCUCACGCCGAUGCUCUGGAACGUCUGGAUCAGGCUGCCAAAACCCUCGAUAUUCAGGAUCCUAUCUUCAAAACACAGUGGCAUCUCUUCAACCCUGUCCAGCUCGGCCACGAUCUAAACGUUACCGGGCUUUGGCUCCAAGGUAUCACUGGCAAUGGCACCAUAUCCGCCGUCAUUGAUGACGGCCUGGACAUGUAUAGUAACGAUUUGAAGGACAACUACUACGCCGCAGGAUCCUACGAUUUCAACGAGAAUUCUCCCGAACCAAAGCCUCGACUUUUUGAUGACAAGCACGGCACUCGCUGCGCUGGAGAGAUUGCUGCCGUCAAAAACAAUGUGUGCGGCGUCGGCAUGGCCUAUGACAGCAAGAUCGCUGGCAUCCGUAUUCUUUCAAAGCCCAUCAGCGAUGAAGACGAAGCCACUGCAAUCAAUUACCAUUUUCAAGAAAACCAGAUCUAUUCCUGCUCUUGGGGCCCUCCCGAUGACGGUGCCACCAUGGAAGCACCGGGAGUUCUAAUUCAGCGCGCCAUGGCCAAUGGCGUUCAAAGUGGCAGAGGUGGUCUAGGGUCUAUCUUUGUCUUUGCUGCGGGCAACGGUGCCAAUUUUGAGGACAAUUGUAAUUUUGACGGUUAUACCAACAGCAUCUACAGCAUCACCGUAGGCGGAAUUGAUAAAGGCGGCAAUCACCCUUACUACUCUGAGCCUUGCUCUGCCCAACUUGUUGUUACCUACAGCUCUGGUCUUGGUGAUGCGAUACAUACCACCGACGUCGGCGCAGAAAAAUGUUACAACGGCCAUGGUGGGACUUCAGCAGCUGGUCCUCUUGUCGUCGGCACGACCGCUCUCGCAUUGAGCGUUCGACCUGAUCUCAGCUGGCGCGAUAUGCAAUAUUUGACCAUUGAAGCCGCCAUUCCCAUCAACCUGGAUGACGGCAGCUGGCAGGACACCACCAUCGGGAAAAAGUUUAGUCACACGUUCGGCUAUGGCAAAGUUGAUGCCUAUCGCUUCGUCGAGGCUGCCAAGGCGUGGACUCCGGUCAAGCCUCAGGCAUGGUGGCAUUCGCCCUGGCUCUCGGUUCAGCAUGCCAUUCCCGAAGGUGACCAAGGAUUGGCAGCUAGUUAUGAGGUUACAGCAGAUAUGUUGAAGAAGAUGAAUCUGGAAAGGCUUGAGCACGUAACCGUCACUAUGAACGUCGAUCAUGGCAGAAGAGGCGACUUGAGCGCAGAUCUCAUCAGCCCGAAUGGCGUAGUCAGCCACAUUGCCACAGCGAGACGACCGGAUACGGCCAAGUCGGGCUAUGUGGACUGGACAUUCAUGUCUGUCGUGCAUUGGGGCGAGUCUGGUGUUGGCAAUUGGACUGUCAUUGUGAAAGAUACCAAAGAGAACGAGUUCAAUGGCACCUUCAUUGACUGGCGUCUCAAUCUCUGGGGUGAGGCCAUUAAUGCCCAGGUACAGGGCUUACAUCCUCUCCCUGACGAGCACGACGACGACCACGAGACGGCACCGGCGGAUGUAUCAACGACCAGCAUCGAUGCCGGUAGCCACCCCACGACACUCCCAGCCCAACCCACUGAUCACAUCGAUCGUCCUACCAAGCCGAAGCCGUCAGUUGAGAGCGGCGUUGGGUCUUCUGAAACCAGCAAUGGUGGGACCCUGGAGGUGCCGGCGGCAACGUCGACGGGGGCCGCCAUUGAGACCGAGUCGGCAACAGCUACCGACUCGACCGCUGCAGCGACUCACACGUAUUCUGAAAGCUUCUUGCCCGGAUUUUUCCCGACUUUUGGAGUGUCGAAGAGGACGCAAGUCUGGAUCUACGGCUCCUUGGGUCUGAUUAUCGUUUUCUGUGCCGGCCUGGGCGCCUACUUCUUUGUUCAAAGGCGUAAGAGACUGAGAAGUAACCCUCGAGAUGCAUAUGAAUUUGAGAUGGUCGGAGACGAGGAUGCCGAGGAACAACAGGGGCUCAAGUCAAGAAGCCGGGGCGGCCGAGUUCGGCGUGGUGGCGAGCUUUACGAUGCAUUCGCUGGAGAAAGCGACGAUGACUUGUAUAGCGAUGACGAGGGAUAUCAGGACACUCCUAGUAACGACACAGGGUCGGGGUCACGGGACGGCAACAGCGAAGAGAAGCCAUGACCGGGGCAUAUUGCCCAGCUCGGAAUGACACUAUCUGUAGUAAAUGGUUCAUUGGACGCGCCCUCAAUUGACCUGUAUAGUAUAUCUGUGACAUUACAUGUGAGGGCAGACUUUCCGGGGUUUUUAUGCUUUUUCUAAAGGUAAAAGUGUGGUCAAGGUUGGUAGAGGGGGUCAGUGGGUAGACAGAAGCCCGAGGGCCCCCUUGCUGUGUUGUGUAGGUACUCAUGGGCAUUGGAUUGAAUUGUUGCAGGAGUCAGGGACCUUGGUAGUAUCAUGCAGUAUUGGCGCUUGUCUGACAAAUUGAUUGUUGUAAGAGGCGGAGUACCUGGUCGUAG